ACAGACAUGGCGAAACCGAAGCGCAUGAGCGAGAUGUUCACGUCUUCAUCCGAAAGAGACGCCAACACCACUGCAAUCACAGCGACACCACCAUACUCGAGCGAGGGCCCUACACUACCAAUAAUUGGGGCGUCUGAAGAAAUUCCGGUCCCAAAUAAGAAGCGAAAGGCUCAGAACGGCACUGCGCACACGGAAAAGAAGCAAUCGCAACAGUCGCAACCCUCCCCGCCUACCAUACAUCCGUCGCUGUACGAGCCCUGGACACGACUACCUCCCGACCUCCUCAAACUCCUCGAAAACCAAGCUCGCCUACAAAGCACGAAGAACAUAGUACCAGUCGUCUUCUCGAAAAACCAGAAUGUCAAAUCCGGCAUAAAUCGAUUAAAGACGUACCUGGGGGCCUACAAGGACGCCGCAUCUACAAUUGAGCUGCCCAAAGCGUUGAACAAGGAAGAUGUUGUUAUAGCAGUAUCAGCGCAAGGCGAAGGUACCACCAAGCUGGUAGGAAUCGUAGACAUGGUGCGACGGAUUGUCGCACCGACUGGCAAAGAGCAAGAGGGCAACGGGGACGUGGAGACGUGGGCCAUGUACACGAUGCUUUGGAGCGUCGAGGUCAAGCGGAAAACUAAAGCUACGGAGGGGAACGAAAAGAGUGAGGAUGCUGAGGCUCAAGAUACGCCGGAAGAAGAGGAGGCGUUUGAGCCUAUGGACGUAGAUGAGCGCGGUACUCUUGGGACCGAUGCGAGGAAAGACAAGGCGCUAGUGAGAAAGGUACCGGUGUUGACAGUGUGGAUGACGAAGAAAAGCAUACCUGUUUUCAAGAGCGCAUUCGGCGAACAGAUGUUCUCUGUACUUACGCUAUCGGAUGAUUCCGAUUAAAAGUUUGGCCGGGCCUUAGGCGGGAAGAUGUUUCAUGACGGAUAUCAGCACGUGAACCGUGCAAAGCUAGACAGCGCUUAAAUAGUCAGAUAUAAUAAUCCCCAACCAUGCACAAGCGAAAAAGCUUAGCAUAGUUGCAUGUAAGAUACUAGGAGCCCUGCACAUGGCGGCCAGAAAUGAAUUUG